AGCAGCCUAGGCUUCGAUAGUAUUUUUUGCCAAAAACACACAAAUUUAUACACAAUCUAAUACUAGUAGCGCCACCUAGAAAAUAUUUCAUAUCUAAAGUGAAGUUGUCGCGUCUACAUUGAACUGCAGCCCACUCUUAAGUCAAACAUCAAAAUUAACAUCAAACACUUUCAAAAAUAUGUCAUAAUUGUAUCAUUAGUCGCAAUCACCAUCAUAUUUUCAAAAUUCCAGUCAGAAAAUGCUCCAUAAAAUAUUUAACACAUAAUGCCUAAGGGAGAAAUAGUCCAAAUUCAUCUAGGUCAAGCUGGUGUCCAAGUAGCAAAUGCAUGUUGGGAACUCUAUUGUUUGGAACACGGUAUCAGAGUCGAUGGAACUUUAUACGAUCCCAGUUACUCAGAUAAUAGCUACAGUCCAUUUUUUAGUCUCUCAGGAAGUGGUCAAGCGGUACCACGAGUUGUUAUGAUCGAUUUGGAACCUACAGUAAUUGAUGAAAUUCGAACUGGAUAUUACCGACAUCUAUUUCAUCCCGACCGGCUACUUACAGGUAAAGAAGAUGCAGCAAACAAUUACGCUCGUGGUAAAUACAGUAUUGGUACAGAAAUGUUGGAUUUAGCGUUAGAUAGAACUAGACUUGUUGCAGAAGAUUGCGGUAAUUUACAGGGUUUCAUACUCUUCAGAGCUUAUGGAGGAGGAACAGGCGGAGGUUUCACUUCAUUAUUUUUGCAACAUCUAAGCACCGAUUAUUCCAAAAUUAAUACUUUGGAGUUUGCAGUUUUUCCCUCGCCCAGAAUAUCCACUAUUAUAGUAGAACCUUACAAUACUGUUUUGUCUACAAACGCUUCGAUAGAAUAUGAAGAUAUGUGUUUUUUGAUGGACAACGAAGCUGUAUACGACAUACUAGGAAGGAAUUUAGACACACCUAGACCGACUUAUACCAAUUUGAAUAGACUAUUGGGACAAGUGGUGUCAGCGGUUACAGCGUCACUCAGAUUCGAAGGUGCGGUAAAUGUAGAUUUGACUGAAUUUAGAACCAACAUGGUACCGUAUCCUCGAAUACACUAUCCUCUUAUUACUUAUGCUCCGUUCGUACCUGCUCACAAGGCUUUCCACGAACAAUUGUCCGUAGCGCAAUUGACGAAUUCGUGUUUCGAGCCUGCUAAUCAAAUGGUGAAAUGUGAUCCAAGAACAGGUAAAUACAUCUCCUGUUGUCUAUUAUACAGAGGAGACGUAGCUCCGACAGAUGUCAAUAACGCCAUAGUCAACAUCAAAUCAAAACGUUCCAUUCAAUUCGUAGAUUGGAGUCCUACGGGAUUCAAAGUGGGGAUAAAUUACAUGCCACCAGUUGCUGUUCCUGGUGGGGAUUUGGCAAAGGUUCAGAGAGCUGUGACUAUGUUAUCCAAUAAUACAGCAAUCAAGAGUUCGUGGGAGAGGAUAUUGAGGAAAUUUAACGUUAUGUUUGCAAAAAGAGCAUUUGUUCAUCAUUACGUUGGAGAAGGAAUGGAAGAAGAAGAAUUUAGAGAUGCUAAAGAGGAUAUGAAAUGUUUAAUUAUGGAUUACAAUGAAGUAGAAGGAUAAAAAACGAAAUAUCAUUACUUUCCAACCGAUUAAUUCAAAGUGAACAACUUCAUUAUUAGAUCCAAUCUGAAUUAAGGAAUACAACAUAGACUCUUCUGAUUACAGGAAAGCAACAGUCUUCUAUAUGUUUUCAGAAGAAUGAAGCGGAUAGAAUGUACUAAUCGAAGUAAAACUUCCUUCGGGAAAAAAAAACUAACGAUGAGUUUUUUUGGAGCCUCGCCUGAGAUAAAAAAUAAGAAAAUUUUGAUUUUGGAUAAUUAAGCAUCACUCAUCUACCAAUUGUACAUCAAUAACUAAAAAAAUAAA